AUGCUACUCACUACAAGAGGUCAAGAUAUUUUUGACAUUUUAUCUGCCUACCUCGUAAAAUACAAUUUAUCCUUGAAUUCAUGUGUUGGAAUAUGUAUCGAUAGAGCACCAUCUACGAUAGACUCUAUUAAAGGUUUUGUAUCGCUCGUACAACAGCAAAAUCCUAAUGUUACACAUAGUCAUUGCUUCCUACAUAGGGAGGUAGUAGUUUCAAAAACAAUACCAGUUGCGUUAAAACAAGUAUUAAACCAAGUUGUUGAAAUGGUUAAUUAUAUUAAAAGUAGGCCGUUGAAGGGUUGCUUAUUUGAACAAAUUUGUGUGGAUAUGGAUUCCCAGCACAAACGCUUACUUUUACACACAAAAGUCAGAUGGCUCUCAAAAGGUAAGGUGCUACAUCGCAUACUUGAACUCCAGAAGGAAUUGCAUGCAUUUUUUAAAGAAGAAAAACAUGAAUGCUUCUUGGAAUAUCUACAAUGUGAAUUUUGGGUUUCCAAUCUGGAAUAUUUAACUGAGAUAUUUGCACAACUUAAUAGCGUCAACACAGAAUAUGAUUGGGUUCCGAAUCCCUUCAUAAAAAUUCCAUCUAAUAUUGGUCUGAAAAUAUGUGAAGAAGAGAAAUUGUCAUCUAUAUCUAGUGAUCAUGGACUUAAAAAUCAA